AUGCUAUUGGUUGAUGUUGGUUCGGAAAAGAAAAAAAAAAGAAUAGAAAGAAUAAAAGCUAACGAAUCGGAAGAAAAUGGGCAUGCAUAUACACAAGAUUUGAUACACGGAGAUCCUAUACAAUGUUUUGAUAUGAUACGUCUUUCACAAGAUGCAUUUGUUUUAUUAUGCAAUCAUUUUACUCAAAGAAAUUGGUUGCAACAUAGUAGGACAAUAAGAGUUGAAGAGAAGAUGGCUAUAUUUUUACAUGUUGUAAGACAUAAUGAACGUUUUCGAGCUGUUAAAGAAAGAUUUCACCACUCCAUACAAACGAUUCAUCAAUGUUUUCAUGAAGUGCUAAAAGCAAUGAUGUGUUUUGAAAGAGAAAUUAUUGUACCAACAUCUUCUAAUACAACAAGAAAUACCUCCAAACGUUAUAGACGGCUAAAAAACAUAUUUCCUGGAGCAUUAGGUGCACUAGAUGGAACACUUGUACAUGCAGUUGUGCCUGUUGAUGAACAAACUCGCUAUAGGGGACGAGGAAACGGUGAAUGUUAUCAAAAUGUAAUCGGAAUUUGUGAUUUUGAUAUGAUAUUCACCUUUGUAUGGGCUGGAUGGGAGGGCAUAGCACACGAUUCUAAAGUUUUGAAAGAAAUAAAUAUUACCUUUGUGAUGCCGCAUACACCAACACCCGUGGAUUUAUGGCUCCUUACCGCAAUACUAGUGCAAAGAGACAUAGUCAUUGCCUGUGUCGCGAUCCAUAAUUUUAUAAAGAAGUACGAUAUUGAAGAUGACCUAUUUACGAACUUUGAACAAAACAAUAUGGUUACUCCUAAUGUGGGAGGUGUAGGAAGUGAGGGCCAAAACAUACAAGGCAUAGAAUGGGGUUCGGAAGCCGUUGAGUAUAUGACUAAUUUGCGUGACCAGAUUGCUAAUCAGUUACUUUUAAAUGGUUCACGUUAA